AUGAUAACGUCACACAUUCUUGCAUUGUGAUUAUAUAAAAGUUAAACGGUUUGUUUAAACAUAAUAAAAGGCAGAUAUGUGCUUAUAAAGAAACAGACUUACAGCAUGGUGCAACGUGUCUAGUUGUGUUUGAGAGAUCAAGUUAUAGGUUUCCCCUUAUAGAAAGAAAGAGAGAAAAAAUGGUUGAUAAUAUCAACAUAGGGUCUAAAUAUGAUAGAGAAAGCUCUAAUUACAAUUCAAUUAGUGAAGAUGGAGUGAUUAAGGAGCAAGAAAGGUUGUUGCCAAUAGCUAAUGUUGGGAGAAUUAUGAAGCAAAUUCUUCCACCAAAUGCAAAGAUUUCAAAAGAGGCCAAAGAGACUAUGCAAGAAUGUGUUUCUGAGUUCAUUAGCUUUGUGACUGGAGAAGCAUCUGAUAAGUGUCACAACGAGAAGAGAAAAACUUUGAAUGGAGAUGAUAUUUGCUGGGCUUUGGGAAGUUUAGGGUUUGAUGAUUAUGUUGAGCCUUUGAAGAGGUAUUUGCACAAGCAUAGAGAGUUAGAAGGUGAAAGAAUUAACCAAAAUAAGGGUGUUGGACUUGGGAAUAAUAUUGAAGAUCAAAGGGAAAGAGUUGAAUUAACACAAAGGGGAUCUACAAUUUCACCAUCAACUAUGCCAUUCAAAAUCGCCAUCACGGAUCAUAAGGGGGAAAACAAUUUUGUCCCUACAAUGCCUUAGUCUUCUCUUCUUCUUCCUUUUUCUUUGUUUAACCAUUUGGUAUCUGGAACUUACUUGGACGAAGUAAUUUGGAUUUGCGCCAUGUGAAAUAAACUAAAGAGGGAAACCACUCUCUAUCAGGAGUUUCUCAGGACGGAUUUUCAUGAGAAAUUUGGUUUUCAUCUUUCACUGUAAAAAAAAAGGUAAUUUGUGGAGGUUGAAAGUUGUAAUUCGUAGGGGUUUUAGCCUCCUUAAGCAAGUAUCGGAGGAUAAAAUCCUUACAAAUUACAACUUUCAACCUCCGCAAAUUAUUCUUUUUUUAUAGUGUUUGUUUUUUCUUCUAUCUUUUAUGGCUUCUUCUUCUACUAGUCCUACUAAUCUAGAUUCUCACUGCAUAUGGCCGGAGAAAUGCUUCCUCUACUGAAAGUUUGUCUAUUCCUAAGGCUCGAACUUGAGAACUUGUGUAUUUUUAAGUUAUGACAUAAAAGCUCUGAAAUGUUCUAGUUUGUGUUUUGAUGAGUAAACUUGCAUUUCCAUCUUC